AGUCGAGUGCUCCAUUUAACUCAUAUAUAAGAAUACAUACAUGCAUAUUUAGACAUUAUUACACAAUAUUUCUCUAUUUUGUUGUUACCGAAAGCGGUGACAAGAUCAAUAACACACCUUUUUAAAAAAUAUAAAUAAACCAGACGCACGCUUCGCACACGCUAUUUAACUUUUUAUUUUUCUUUUUUUUUUAAUUGCAACAAUAAUUGUAUGGAUAACCAUUUAUACAACAAAUCUAUACAACAAAUUUGACAGCUGUCAAACUUCAAUCGCAGUGAUAGUUACUCUUGCAACACGAAGUAAGCGCAGCGAAAAAACCAGUAUCGCAAGAUAGGACACUUUCUAUAAAAAUAUCAAGAUAUCGAUAUUGACCUAAUGAAAGUAACAAUAUCAUCGUCUUAUUGAGUGCUCUUCACGAUAUAGAUUUUAUAUUUUAUACAAACAUAAUUAUAACCCAAAACUGCAAAUUUCUUUAAAGAAUUCCCUUUCAGGAAAUUAUCUCAUUUUAAAACAUGAUAAUCAUUGGUAAGUUUUAUUUGAACAUUUUUUCAAGCAUUAGCACAGAAGAUUAAACUACUUUAAAUAAUCUCACAGUUUAUUUUGCCUCUUUCAAUCGUUAGAUAGAUGUUACUUAAUAUUAAAUAUUGAAAAAGUAUUAAACUGCUAUUUAAGAUAUUAUAAAUAGCAUAAGACAUAUUACAUUCUCUCUUCAGAAAUGACACAGCUCAAAAAAUCAAGUUUCUUUUAAAAAGGGAAGAAAUUGUUUUUUUUAACUUGACAGAAAAUUAUUGACUACAGAGUAAUGACUACUUAUGGAGUAAUGUUUAUUGAUUUAUUCAUGAUAAUAACUUGAAAAUUAUUGAUAAAGUCAUAAUUAUUUAUAAAACAAUGUUUACCUAACUCUUUCAUGGUAAUAACUCAAAAGUAACAUUUUUAAGUUGUAUUACUUUUAAAGAAAGAAUACAAUAUACAUAUAUUACGAUAUUACAUUUUGUAUUACAAAUUAUGUCAUAAUACUUAUGCAAUAUGUAUAAUCUAAACAAAUUAUAUUAUUUUUAUAUUUAUAAAUAAAUUAAUAAAUUUCUAUUUAUUAUAUUAAAUCAUCAUUUUAUUAAUUACUACUAAAUUGACAGAAUGCUAAAAUAUAUCAAGAGAUUUAUCACGAAUGUUUUUCAUGUUAUCAAUAAACAAAUAUAAUAUUUCGAGACGAAUAAAUUGCGCAACUGCAGCAAGUUUAGGACACGUGCAUAUUGCACUGCAUGCAUACGCGACCCAUUUGCACGCCACGUCAAUUAUAGCUUCGGCGCGUCUAAUUGUAUCUCGUCAAAACAUUUUUCUUCUUUACACACUUCUUCCGGUAUGCGCAACAAUGAUGAGUAAUAAACGGCACACAUGGCGUUCACGGUACGGUCCGUGACAAUUCGACAUUGCGAAACAAUGUUAUAUACAUACAAGGAUAUUGGUGUCAAAUAGUGACAAGUAAGUUACGAAUGAAAGAAUGUCGCCAUUGUUAACCUUGCGUUAGACGCAAUAUUUUUUUUAUCUACGAAUGGUCGCACUCUUUAAGUUGCAAUUAGUGUAUUUUUACUAAUUUGCAGUGGUAUACUUAUAACUGCGAUAAUUAGUGAGUAUCCACUGACUUUUAGUUACUUUUGCUUCAGAAUUAGUGUAUAAUUACUAAAAGAUCAGUGUAUUUAUUUAAUUGACAAGUAUAAGUGUAUUUUCAGUUAUUUCAGUGAUUUUCCACUGAUUGUAAUUUAAAGAGCAAUGUACAUUACAAAUAUACUAAUUUUUCAUAUAAUUUUCAUGUACUAAAUUGACAAAUAUUAGAAUAAAAAGAAUGUUUGAGUUUGUUACUGUGUGAAAACGACAACGCGCAUUAUAGCCUGAACGCAUAUCUAAUAGAUAUUGCGCCUAACGCAGGGUUAAUAUAAACGAUUACGUGAUUUAUUCAUACAGAAAUCUUAUUUUUACAAUUAAAUAUACAAAUACAUACACAUACUUACACAAAAUAUACGUAAUUGCAUGAAUUUUAUAACAUAGUAAAUAUAACAUACAUGUGAGAUUAUUUAAUGCAGAAAAUUUUCCAAAACUUAUAAUCUCAUAAUUAAGAUAUGUUCGGAACUGUUAUCUUUGAUAUAACGAAACAUUGGGUCAUGAUUCCUGCCCAGAAAUCAUGGGCAUGUAUUAUUUUACACGUGCGGACACUUAUAUAAUUAGAGACAGAAAAAAAAUAUACAACAGUGCUGAAUUGUCCAUAAAAUGAAACAGGCGGAACCGUUGAAUGACGGAAAACGAUCGCAGUCUGGUCUGCCGCAAAAGGACAAAUUGCACCUGUGGAUGGGAAGUAAAGUUCGGCUACAGCGUGGCUUUCACGCUGGCCGUCUUCGAGGCGAAGCGUCUCCUCGUGCUCGCCUUGGAGAUAUUUGCGGAAUGGCAGGUGAUCCGCAUCGCAGGUGGUUUUCAACCGGUUGCUCUUACCUUGGCGGACGUGACUCUGGGAUUACCGUGUGCCCUUAUCACCGUACGUACUAUACGCAGGCGCAAAUCGAACUUUCGUCCACAGACUAGGCAGAUCUUAAAGUGUCUUUUAAUAAUGAUAAUCGUGUGUACCGUCAUGAAUACGACGACAUUAGCUUUGAUAGGAUGUCACAUCAGUGUAAGACAAGAGACUUUAAUCAAUAUCUUCAAUGCCUCCAUGCAUCUGUACGCCACUGCUGCGUCAUAUAAAUACGCAAUUGACGAGAUCCAAUUUGUAUUACAAUGCUGCGGUCACUCUUCUUAUACCGAUUGGUUUCUCUUUGACUGGCAGAAAGUAGAUUACGCGUCUCGAGAGGAAAUGGCAGAACAAGAUAGAAUUUCAGACGAAGACUACAGAGGUUUUGGAGUUCCUUUUAGCUGCUGCAACUUGCGCGCUGCGGCACCUUGCAUGCACUUAGAGAUGACAAAUGACAAAACGAUAAACGUUAACGGCUGCGCGGAAGUCAUCAGACCUAUUCUUCUCAGAAUCGUCAUAGUCGCUUGCAUUAUGACAGUCACUGUGAUCAUUAUACAAGUGCUAUUAGCCUUUUUAAUUACUAGAAUGGUCUGCAGAUUUGUCCCUCUACCAACGUCCUUUCCUCGGGUAAGAUGUUCCGCUGCGCCAUUUUCUAUUAUGAACACAUCGUCAAGGAUCUACGUGCCACGACUUUUUUCACAUAAGAAAUCCUCUUGGCGCAGAAGACCGAGCAUGCAUUAUUGUCCGUUAACGACUAAAGAUAUUUUCAUCAAGGAGAACCGGAAAAUUAGAAUGUCUAAGACCAGAUGUAGAUAUCCCAACAUUUUGAAUCAUAGAAAUCAUACAUGGGACGUAGCAAAGAUUAAACCAAGCGUUCACGAGGAGCAUAGAAUAUCCGUGGAAUGUCUUCGUAAUAAAUGUGCGCGUUGAAGCCACUUUGCACUAAUAGACCAUAGAUCUUCGAAACGAUUAGAGCGGCAACUAUCUUUCGGACAAACGCGUGUUAACGAUUGCAAAACGCUAAUUACUAUGA